CUGUAAUUUUAAUUGUAAUUUGAAAGAAUACUGAGCAGCAGAGCGAGAUGACUGGCAUCAUGGACUCGGUGGAAAUGCCCAAAUUGCCGGAAAACCAAAAGACCUUUGCCGGCAUCCCGGAGGCAGUAUUCCUGGAGGAAAUUGAUACGUUCAUGACCCAGCCCGAGAACGAGAACUGCGAGAAGGUUCUGCAGCGUCUGGACGAGCAGCACGGCAAGUAUCGAUUCAUGGCGUACAACCUCGAGGCGCGUCGCCGGAAGCUGAAAUCGCAGAUUCCCGACCUGGAGCGUUCGCUGGAGAUGGUUAAUGUGCUCCGGAAGGAGGACGAGGAGCGCGAGACACAAUUCCUGCUCAGUGAUCAGGUGUUCAUCAAGACCUUGGUGCCGCCCACGAAAACAGUUUACCUCUGGCUCGGUGCCAGCGUGAUGCUGGAGUAUCCCCUGGACGAGGCCGAGGCCCUGCUCAAGCAAAAUGUCACAUCAGCCGUGGGCAACCUUAAGUCGGUGGAGCAUGACCAGGACUUUCUACGGGAUCAAAUAACCACAACGGAGGUGAACAUGGCGCGAGUGUACAACUGGGGCGUCAAAAAGAGGCAGGCCGCAGCCAAGACUAACGCCAGCAGUACGCCAUCCUAAGCUUCAGCACCAGUAAGAAACCCGCACAGUACUGAAAACAGACAUGUGAGUUGUGUAAACUGUGGCUUUCCAUCUAUUUAUGUCAAAACCUCACCAAAAAACGGCCAAUCCUUUGCAUUGUGAUCCUUGCCUGCAAGCGAUCGGAAGCAAUGCUGAUUGCAGCAUCUCGCCUGCUUUAUUCAUAUUCUCCACAGAUGAUGAUAAUAAUAAAACCGCAACACAGCGCAUCCAGUUAUCCAGACACUAA